AUGAUGCAGUUAACAGGGUUUGCGGACCGCGUGGGGGCUGCCGUCGACGGACAAGACGGAGCUUCACUGGCGCAGAUGCUAAGCUUGACAGGAGGCUGUGCGGGUGUAGAUAUGCGCUUGCUGACGGCACAACAGGUAGCACAGACGUGCCACAACAAGCUGGCGCGGUUUGGUGUGUACGCCGAGGUGGCAGCAGGUAUCAUGCAGGCGCGCAAGCACCUGGACGCGCAGAGCUUUGCAGAUGCAUAUAAUGCACAGAUUAGUGCCGUCAUCAAGUUUAUGGAAGUUUUUAGGGAGGAGACAAAUUGGGUCAUGCCCUUCCUGCACGUGUUGUUUGUGGAUACGCGGCUACUUGCUGCAAGGGCGGAUCAAGAAGCCUCGGAGAAGGCUGGAGACGAGAUCCAUGACAGUCUACGCAGUGCAGAGCAGCACUUGAAGAAAGGUUUUGCCAUGGCGGCAAACGACCGAGCCCCGCCAGAGCACAACAAGAAAAUGGGCGCGCUCUUCAUUGUGAACCAGCUUUUCAAGAUCUACUUCAAGCUCAAUAUGAUUCACUUAUGCCGUAAUCUCAUCCGUGCCGUUGAAGGACCUGCAUUCCCAAAAUUUGAACUGUUUAACAAGAGUGACAAGGUUACGUACCAAUACUACGUGGGUCGUAUCUCUAUGUUUGAAGACCAAUACCAGAAGGCUGAAACGUGCCUUGACUACGCAUGGAAGCACUGCCACCGCGGCAAUGUGCGCAACAAGCGCAUGAUUCUACAGUUCCUUGUGCCGGUGAAGUUGCUGUUAGGCGUGAUGCCUUCGCCUAAGCUGCUGUCUGAUUUCUCACUGGAAGAGUACACCGGUCUUACGGACGCCAUCCGUGGUGGCAAUCUGCACCUUUUUACGGAAUAUCUAGCCCAGUAUCAAGACAAGUUCAUCCAGCAGGGCGUGUAUUUAUUGAUCGAGAAACUCCGCCUAUUGGUGUUGCGAAACCUGUUCAAGAAAGUGUACGUCCUCUGCGAGUUAAUCUUCUUUGAACAAAAUCACCAACUCCAGAUGCAAGACUUUCAGUUGGCGCUCCAUGUUGCCACGGGAAACUCCAUGGACACGGAUGAAAUUGAAUGUGUCCUUACGAACCUCAUUUUCAAAGGCUAUAUCAAGGGAUAUAUGUCGCACACGAAGAAGAUCCUCGUUGUCAGCAAGACGCAGCCCUUUCCUCCAAUUGUAAGUGUGUCAAGUUAG